AUGCCCUGGCGGCCUCUGCCUCGAAUUGCCUUUGCGGUCGCCAUUUACCCCUUCCAGCCUUCCACCCCGGCCGACCUACCCCUAGAACUCGGCGAUGAGCUAUACAUCAUUGAGCAAGGCGGACAAAAUGGUGAAUGGUGUCGCGGUUACUUGGUUGCUCCGCCGUCUUUGCUGGCAGGUUUAACGAGCACCAAGGGUCAAACGCUCGAGGCGCGAGUCUUCUCCGGCAUCUUUCCCCGCAAUUGCGUGGAGAUUCGCGAAGUGCUAGGUGAUAGCGAGGGCAACAAGACCUUAACAAAUGGAGAUCGGUCAAUUGGCGACAGGACAGAGGAUGUGGAUGUGGAUGUGCGGAGCAGUCUAGCUUUUUCUCAAGACGGCGAACAUGCUACCGGCGAAUUGUCCGAGGUUGUGGUCGCAAAGAAAGAAAAGCCCUCGCAAAUCUUCAUCCAAAAGUCUGACGAUGAUGAUCAGUCAACUCCACGAGGGGCGCGGUCUAGCCCCUGGGGUAUGAUGCCACUUACCCCAGUCAAUGUAGCCCCCCGAGAUCCGGAUGCGCCUAAGCCAGCCGCGCCUGUUCCUAUGCUCAAAAUUGGCGACGAAACUCCCACCUCACUUGCGGAGCCAUUGGUUGACGAAAUCGCCUCGUGUUUGCGCGAGUGGCAUUCCACCAAGCUACACGAGCUACUCCUUUCACAACAAUAUCAAGUCGUGGAGGAAAUGUCGAAUAUUGUCCAGGAACUUGAUUCCGCUAGACGGAAGCUUUUAUACAACGUUCUCACCUCAAAGGAGAAAGAGGCUCUACGGCAGGAGGUAGUCUGGAAGCUUGUGCGAGGCAAUAAACUACUUGGUGGGGAGGUCAUUGUACGAGAUCCCGAACAGAGAGGCCGGCUAUUAACAGGCGAGGAUUCUGCCGUACAAUUGGCGAAGCUCCAGGCUGAAAUGAGCAUGCUCGAAAACAGUCCCACCCAGAUUUCCGACGCUGCUACCCUCAGUCAUCUGCUCUUAGAGGUCAACGCUGUCUCAGGUAAUACUCCUGGUCCUGUGGUUCUGGCCGUUUAUCUAUGCACCCUGUCGGAAGCUGGCACGUUGAAGCCCUUGUCCGAAACAUAUAACCUAGACAUUCCGUCUCCAGAACAAUUUGCAAACUCUGGCCAGAGCAACAAGCUCAAGACGCUCUUUACCGAGCUGUCUAGUACAGAUAUCGGGGAUGGUUCGGCGGGUGGCCCCAAGCUUUACCUUGUGGUGAGUGUUAGAGCGCCAGAGGUGACUUCCGCAGGAAACGCCCCCGCGUUACCCACAUCCACAGCUUCUCGCGAAGGACCAACUUCUCCUAAAUCGCCCACCAAUGGCAACUCUGUUAAGGGUCCGGGCCUAAAACCCCGCCGCAGCAUGAUGUGGUCCUCCAAACAACGCAGUGCCCAGAGUCUAGAACAGCCAAGGGAAGCCACCAAGCCACCGCCUCAGUCUUCCGGGAGUACGACAAGCAACAAGGCAGGCAUUCAGUCACCGAAAGACGCUACUCAGCUUCGUACCAUCGGUAUCGGUCUCCUGGAAGUCUCCCAGAUUCUACGUCAAGAUAAAGACGCUGAGCAGGUGGUCAACAUUUGGUCCACCCCUGAGCGGAAUGAGGAAGGGGAAGGCUACACAGAUGGGUUUGACACCUUAAUCCGUUCGUUACUGCCAAGUUCAACUGGCAAAUAUGUGAGAUCUGCUCGAGCCGCUCGCGUCCAUCUUCACCUUUCCCCAUUUGUCGAUUCCGAUUCAGACGCUUUGGCCCGGAAGAAUCCAACAGUUCUACAUGAUGUCGUUCAAACUAGGAGGAUUGGGUUUUCGCAGGCACCAGCUAGGCCUAGGUCUGAUAUCUACCUCACUGUCUCGCAGGCUACCUUCCCGGCUGAGGCACUUCUCUCGCACCCUCAUUCUGGCCAAAUUCCAAUGGCGUCAUAUACCGCACUCCGCAAUCUGCAGCUCACUUUAGAGGUCCGCACCGCGUCAGGGGAACGGGUCGACAAGUGUGUCUUCCCAGCUUCAUCCAACCCAACCGCGCAUACAGCGUGGAGAACAACUAUCACCGAGAAGGGAAAGCCUUGGAAUCAGACCAUUCGCCUCGACAUCCCCGCUGACAAAAUCCCCGGCUCCCAUGUGAUUAUGAGCAUUGCGGAUGCCCCCGAGUUCCCAUUUGCGUUAGCUUGGAUGCCUCUAUGGGACAAUCAAGCCUUUAUACGAGACGGCCCUCAUUCUCUACUGUUGCAUGCCUAUGAUAAACAUACUUCAAACAUUGAGAAUGGUAAAGGUGCCUAUCUAUCUUUGCCCUGGAGCGCUCUGGGCAAGAACGAAUCAGCGAAGGAUGAGGCACUCACGGGCCCCCUCGCUACCCUUCACAUCGACACGCAUCUGUGCAGUACGGAAUACUCACAGGAUCAAGUUAUAUUGAGUUUACUUAACUGGAAGGAGCGGCCCGUGGAUGAAGUCUUGGAUACUCUGAAGAGAGUUCUUUUCGUUCCUGAAAUUGAGAUCGUCAAGCAGUUGAGCAGCGUCUUCGAUGCGCUGUUUUCGAUUCUCGUGGAAAACGGAGGAAAUGAGGAAUAUGAAGACCUUAUUUUUAAUAACCUUGUUACGGUUCUGGGGAUUGUUCACGAUCGACGAUUCAACCUGGGCCCGUUGGUGGACCACUACGCGGAGAACCAGUUCAAUUUCCCUUUCGCAACACCAUGCCUAAUCCGAAGCUACCUCCGUCUCUUGCAGGCUAGCUCUGAUCUGCAGCAUUCGCGCAACCUUCGCGCUACUUUCAAGGUAGGCCGACAUGUGUUGAAGUUCAUCAUCAACGCCCGGCAGCAGCAGCAGUUGAAGGAGGAAGGAAUCGGUAUCACCCGUGUUCAGUCAACCUUUAAUAGGGACUUGCAUACAAUCUUCAAGUCACUGGAGGCGCUGAUGAAAAAUCCUUCCCCCGCGAUGGUUGGCAAUAAAACUCUUGUUGUCCAACACUUCCACACCUGGCUUCCAGAGCUCUCCGCGGUUCUUAGCCGAGAUGAAGUGAUCAUGAUCGCUUUGAGUUUCAUGGACUCCUGUGCUGACGUGAAAGGAAUGUUGAUACUGUACAAGUUGGUUCUAAUUCAGCACUAUACUAGACUCGAUAUCUUCAGCUCUGGGUCAGAGAGAGAGGGUCUUGUUUCUAGCUGUGCCAAUUGGUUGCAUCCCUACUGGGGAGCCACAGGCGCUGUCUCUGAUCUGUACCGUGACCAGGUCCGUUUGGUAUGCGCCAUUGUGGCAGAGCUUUUGACUCAGCCCGAUCCGCAACUUUACACCUUUAUGCCAAAGAUCAUUUCUUCGUACUACUCCAUAAUUCCCGAUGGUGUGGAUGAUACCGAAUACUUGUCUCUUCUCUUCAGCAAAUCCUUCCCCUUCCAGCUUAAGGCUUCAAAGACCAGCCAAAAGUUUGAUGAAGUCCUCGUCGAGCUUUCGGCCAUAAUGGCUGCAACCGCAGCGAUACCCAACCCCAAACGGUUGCGGUUGAAGGGUCUUGAACUUACCAAUUUCCUUUCUCAGGCCUUCGAGGUUCAUAAUUCGAUAUUGAACUGCGAGGCGUAUCCCGAGAAUUGGUUCAGUAUCCACGUCUACAACCACAGGGCGACGGUGAAGAGUCUUGAAUACCUCGCGUCACUGAUGAUAGAUAAGCUGCUGCCCGCUCCCGAUGAUGCGGAAACCUUUGAUACAAGGAUGUGGGAAUCUUUCUUCAUGACACUACUGAAGGUCGUAUCAAGUGAUGCUCUCGCCCUGGAGACUGUUCCAGAGCAGAAGCGGCGUACUAUCUGGAAGAUCGCUGGCGAUGUUCGAGAACAAGGCGCAGAUUUGUUGCACUCUGCUUGGGAAGCGAUCGGCUGGGAGACUGGCGAGGAAGAGAGAGAACGUUAUGGACUCAAGAAACUUGGUGGUUACCAGGUGCAAUACGUCCCUGGUCUUGUAGCCCCUAUUAUUGAGCUCUGUCUGAGUGUUCACGAGGGGCUACGUCACGUCGCUGUUGAUAUUCUGCGAACCAUGAUUAUCAGCGAAUGGGAUUUGAACCGGGAUCUAUCUAUUAUUGAGACUGAGGUAAUAUCCAGUUUAGACAAUAUCUUCAAGUCAAAGAACAUGAACGAGGGUGUUAUUCAGAAGCUCUUCAUUGGUGAGCUGCUUGCUCGUUUUGAUGGCUGCGAAGAAUUUGAUGAAGACCUCGCAACGGCAGUGAAAGCUCUCAUAGAGACUGUUGAUGAGCUUCUGGAUCUAUUUGUGGCAUCUCAAGGCGGCUCUAUGGCCGAGAGCUUACAUGCUCUUCGGCUAAUGGAGUACAUGAAGGAUAUGGGCCGAGAGGAUAUCUUCAUCCGCUACGUCCAUGAGCUCGCUCAAGGCCAAGCUUCCGCAGGCAAUUUCACUGAGGCCGGGCUUGCACUCCAAUUCCAUGCGGACUUAUAUGACUGGGAUCCGAGGCGGUCCCUGCCCGAGCUAGCCAACCCUGCGUUCCCUGAACAAACGCCCUUUGAAAGGAAGGAAUCCCUGUACUUCUCAAUCAUCCAAUACUUUGAGGAUGCUAAGGCUUGGACACAUGCGCUAGCUUGCUAUAAAGAGCUUGCGUCGCAUUAUGAAGAUACGGUCAUGGAUUUCUCCAAGCUCUCGCGCGCCCAGAGUUCGAUGGCGAAGAUCCACGAGUCCAUUGCGAAGGAAGACAAGCAGUUCCCCCGCUACUUCCGGGUCUCGUACAAGGGCCUUGGAUUCCCACCUACAUUACGUGAUAAGGAGUUCAUCGUUGAAUGUUCCCCGGCAGAACGCAUGGCUACACUUAUUGAUCGCAUGCAGAAGGAGCAUCCUGCCGCGCAGGUGCUAUCUUCCGGUGAAGUCCACGACUAUGAAGGACAGUUCUUGUUUAUCAGCCCGGUCAGUGUGCACCGAGACAUGAACCAUCCUGUCUACCAGCGAUCCAAGAUCUCACCGUCUGUCCGUGACCACCUCUUAAUUUCCGAGCCCACACGGUUCAGUUCCACGUUGAGGAGACAUACUCGCGACGUGGAUAUCCAAGAACAAUGGGUGGAGAAAGUUAUCUACACGACAUCCGAACCCUUCCCCAAUAUUCUUCGGAGAAGCGAAGUGGUCGGUACCGAAGAGGUCGCAUUAUCACCCCUACAAACCGCCCUCGAACGGACCUGGCGCAAGACGCAAGAGCUCUACUUGCUGUAUAGACGUGCCGCGUCUGGCGAAGAUAUGAGUUUGACAAACCUGACUGAAGCUCUUGGCCAAUUGCUCGACCUAAGCUCUCCCUCGCCAAGCUGCGUUGCCCAUUACCGUCAGUUUUUGACCGAUGAGGCUGAAGACGACGACGACGAAGAGGACGAGGACGAGGGCGAGGGCGAGAAUGCGAACACACCCAAGCCGGUUGAUCCGUUGAAAAACGCCCUUGCUGUGGCUCUCAUUGACCAUGCCUUGGCAGUCAAGCACUCCCUCGCGCUAUACUCGCGUCCUGCACAUCAAGCUACACAAAGCGAGCUAACACGUCAGUUUGAAGAAUCCUUUGCGCCGGAACUCUCUUCCCUUCGACCCGUCGAGGCUGCGCCUCCCCUGCCUCUUCAAAGACCGUCCCCUGUCUCGUCAGAAAGCCACCGAGUCACUGCUCUGCCUCGGUCUACCAGUCCAGAACAGGAGUUGAUUCGUGCCUCACGGAAGAACAGCCAGAUUCAAAGACGAGGUUCACGGAAGCAAUCUGUCAGCCAGCGUAUCAGCAUCAUGAACCCUUUCAAACGCUCCAAUCACGGAACAAGCAACUCUGUCGCCACGUUACAGGGUCAGCCGAAUGGCAAGGCUAACGGUCAUGCUCGGGCUCUCUCGUCGGGUAAAGAAGAAGCUGAUCUAGAUGAUGCUGCUACUGUUCACAGUCGAACAACGAACCAGUCGCGGGAUACGAACCAGAAGAGACGGAGUUUCUUCGGAGACGUCUUGCAGAAGCACACAUCCUCUUUGUCGAUAAGCGCUAGCGCUGCUGGGGACGACAACGUGUCACAUAAGAGGCAACGAUCUCGCAGCGCCUCUCGUAGCGCUGUGGAAAAGUCCACGGAGAACGUGAGCCGCACCACGUCUCGCCAUAAUAGCACCACAGAAGAACGACCAACUCCCUCGGCCACAAACCCCAAAGGAGGGUGGUCAACUAUACCUUCAGUCACCGAGCACCCCCGACCAGUAACACGCAGCAGUGCGACUUCAAACUCGGUUCGCAGUCCUGAGUUUCGAAGUCCUGUCGCCCACACCAACGGUGCUUCGAACCCCGGGGCCCAAGGAGGUGUACGGGAUUCCGUCAUGAAACGCUUCAGCUUGUUCAAGGGUGUCGGACGAAAAGCCAGCCGUCUUGAUUUCAAAAACGAGCAAACCGUUCAUGAGGAGUGA